AUGGGUGAAUGCCCCGUUCACAAGCCCGUCAAUGUGGCUGGCCACGGUACUCGUAACGGUGACUGGUGGCCCGACAACCUGAAGCUCAACAUCCUGCGCCAGCACACCGACGCCACGAACCCCAUGUCCAAGGACUUCGAUUAUGCAACCGCCUUCAAGAGCCUCGACUAUUACGCCGUGAAGAAGGACCUCACAAAUUUGAUGACCGAUUCCCAGGACUGGUGGCCCGCGGACUUUGGUCACUAUGGUGGUCUGUUCAUUCGGAUGGCGUGGCACAGCGCGGGCACUUAUCGUGUCUUUGACGGUCGUGGUGGCGGUGGUCAGGGUCAGCAGCGGUUCGCCCCCUUGAACAGCUGGCCCGACAAUGUCUCCCUGGACAAGGCCCGCCGGCUGCUGUGGCCCAUCAAGCAAAAGUAUGGUGACAAGCUCUCCUGGGCCGACCUGUUGUUGCUGGCCGGCAACGUCGCUCUCGAGUCCAUGGGCUUCAAGACCUUUGGUUUCGCCGGCGGCCGUCCCGAUGUCUGGGAGGCCGACGAGUCGGUCUACUGGGGUAGUGAGGUCGAAUGGUUUACCAACGACGCCCGCUACAAGCCUGAGGAUGACGGCGAAUCCUCCAAGCAGAGUAACCUAUCCACUCGUGACCCCGAAGAUCCCCUGGGUGCCACUGUGAUGGGACUGAUCUACGUCAACCCCGAGGGCCCCGACGGCAACCCAGACCCCGUCGCCGCCGCUCACGAUAUCCGGGUGACGUUCGGUCGCAUGGCCAUGAAUGACUACGAGACCGUCGCUUUGAUCGCCGGUGGUCACACUUUCGGCAAGACGCACGGCGCGGCUUCUGCAGACAACGUGGGCAAGGAGCCCGAGGCAGCCGGUAUCGAGCAGCAGGGUCUUGGCUGGACCAACUCCCACGGCUCCGGCAAGGGCCCAGACACCAUCACCUCCGGUCUCGAGGUCACCUGGACGCACACCCCGACUAAGUGGAGCAUGCAAUACCUCGAGUAUCUCUUCAAGUACGACUGGGAGCUGACCAAGUCCCCCGCCGGUGCCAACCAAUGGGUCGCAAAGACCAACGAUGAGAUCAUCCCCGAUGCUUUCGAUUCCAGCAAGAAGCACAAGCCCACUAUGCUCACUACUGACUUGUCUCUGCGCUACGAUCCUGCGUACGAGAAGAUCUCCCGCCAUUUCCUGGCCAAUCCGGAUGAGUUUGCUGACGCCUUUGCUCGUGCGUGGUUCAAGCUGCUCCACCGUGACAUGGGUCCUCGUGCUCGUUGGCUCGGUCCCGAGGUCCCCAAGGAGAAGCUCCUGUGGGAGGAUCCCAUCCCCGCCCCCAACCACCCUCCCAUUGAUGCCGAGGAUGCCGCGGAGUUGAAGAGACACAUUCUCAGCUCGGGCGUUGAACCCACCAAGUUUAUCGCCGUUGCCUGGGCCUCUGCCUCUACGUUCCGUGGCGGUGAUAAGCGUGGUGGUGCCAAUGGCGCUCGUAUUCGUCUGGCUCCUCAGAACAACUGGAAGGUCAACAACCCCGCUCAGCUGCGUGAGGUCCUGAACGCCCUUGAGGAGAUCCAGCGCAAGUACAACAGCUCGCAGACUGGCAACAAGCGCGUUUCGCUCGCUGACUUGAUUGUCCUGGCCGGUUGCGCCGCGCUCGAGAAGGCUGCCGGUGUUCCGGUCCCCUUCACUCCGGGGCGGAUGGAUGCUUCGGAGGAGCAGACUGACGUCGACUCCUUCAGCUUCCUCGAGCCCGUCGCCGACGGUUUCCGUAACUACGGCAAGUCUUCGAUCCGUGUUCGCAGCGAACAGAUGCUCGUGGACCGUGCUCAGCUUCUGACCCUGACUGCUCCUGAGAUGACCGUCCUGGUUGGUGGUCUGCGUGUGCUGAACGGCAACUACGACCGCUCCAACCUGGGUGUCUUCACUCAGCGCCCUGGUCAGCUGACCAACGACUUCUUCGUCAACUUGCUGGACAUGAACACGGAGUGGAAACCCACCGACAGCAACAACGACCGGUUCGAGGGCAUUGACCGCAAGACCGGUGCCAAGAAGUGGGAUGCCUCCCGCGUGGAUCUGAUCUUCGGUCACCACGCUGAACUGCGUGCGCUUGCUGAGGUCUAUGGCUCUCACGAUGGUCAGUCCAAGUUUGUCCGUGACUUUGUCGCCGCUUGGGAUAAGGUGAUGAACCUGGAUCGUUACGAUGUGGUCUAUUCGGGCGUGCAGGGACGUGCUCGUCUUUGA